AUGGCCGAGUCCAACCUCAAAGAGACCUUCUACCGCCAGUUCAACCAAGAUGUCGCAACACUUCGCGCGCAAAUCGAGAACCUCUCCUCCGUGUCCACAUCUGGCGGCGAGCGCAACGAAGCAAUAGACAACUGCCUGGCCGGCAUAAACCGAGUAGCCCUCGAUGUCCAGGACGCCUCGAGCUAUCUUCCGGCUUACGAUCAACGGACGUACAGCGAGACAAUCAAGCGUCUGAGUGAGAAGUUGUCAGAAGUGAGGAAUAGCUUCGAUCCACCCAAGAAAUUUAGUUUCAAGAAUAGGAGGAAAGAUAUCCCGAAACCAGACGCUGCACCUGAUACAUCGAGCGCGAAACCGUCCUCCGCAUCGGAACAAACACCACCAUCACAGCAACAACAGCAGCACGACACAACGCAACACGACUCGUCCCUGUCAGCGCUCUCCUGGAAAUCCCACGCCAGUAUAACCCUCCCUUCAUCUCCCCACGAAACAAGUUCACCGACAGUGUCCCACCUCACCCACUGCAUCGUCGAUCUCAGCGCCCCAACGAAAGCCAACGCGCCCUUUGCUGCCGUCUACCUCCGUUCUAUAAGCUCGUCGCUCAUAAUAACCGGCCAAGUCGCAGGCGCAAUACACAUCACUGAUGUUUCCAACAGCAUCAUAGUGACGGCGUGUCGGCAGUUUCGCAUGCAUGGGAGCAAGAACGUGGAUGUAUAUCUACAUAGUACGAGUCGGCCGAUCUUUGAGGACUGUGAGGGCCUGAGGUUUGCGCCGUUACCGGGUGUAUAUACGACACUGGAGAUCGAACAAUCGCCAAAUCAGUGGGAUCAAAUCGACGACUUCAAGUGGUUGAAGGCCGAGCCAAGUCCGCACUUUAGUCUGCUACCUGAAGCCAGGCGCAUUUCUGAAGACGCGUGGAAUGAGAGCAUACCCGGGGACGAGAAUGAGAGCCCGGAUGAUACCCUGAAGGCCUUUGGUGUACGGUGA